AUGCUGCCCGACUGCCUGUCGGCGGAGGGCGAACAGCGCUGCCGGCGGUUGCUGGCGGGAGCCACGGCCCGGCUGCGCGCGCGGCCUGCGGCGGCCGCGGUCCUCGUACCUCUGUGCUCGGUGCGCGGGGUCCCGGCGCUCCUCUACACGCUGCGGUCCAGCCGCCUGGCCGGGAGGCACAAGGGUGACGUCAGUUUCCCAGGUGGCAAGUGUGACCCCACUGACCGGGAUGUGGUGCACACGGCCCUGAGGGAGACGCAGGAGGAGCUGGGCCUGGCUGUGCCCGAGGAGCAGGUGUGGGGAGUCCUGCGGCCGGUGCACGACCGGGAAAAGGCCACAGUGGUGCCAGUGCUGGCCGGUGUGGGCCCGCUGGAUCCCCAGAGCCUCAGGCCCAACCCCGAGGAGGUGGAUGAAGUGUUCGCCCUGCCCCUGGCCCAUCUGCUGCAGGAGCAGAACCAAGGUUACACCCACUUCUGCCGCGGUGGCCACUUCCAGUACACGCUGCCUGUCUUCCUGCAUGGGCCGCACCGGGUCUGGGGGCUCACAGCCGUCAUCACCGAGUUCACCCUGAAGCUGCUGGCCCCUGGUGUCUACCAGCCCCGCCUGGCCGGCCCGGAGCUGCCCCGGGGCUGA